UAUUGAACAGAGAAAAUAUUUACAGAUGGAAAAGGAAAUUGAACUAUUGAGAAUUAAAGAGCUGAACAAUUUGUUCGCAAGUUUACCUUCAAGAUAGUUAUUGAUGCAAUUUGUAUCUUGUAAUGUUGCAGUUUCUUGGGGUGCCUCCUUUAGAAGCUGGUUAAUGAUUCCAUGAAUAUACAGAGGCACCUUUGUACCUUUUACAGCAAGUCGUUGGAGAGACUGCCAUUUGAACCAGUAAAUACGUUUCACAUUACACAACCCGUGUAACAAACUUGCUCUUCAAGGCUGGAUGAUACAGGCUCAAGUUGGACUGAAUGUGCUUCUGUGGCGUUUGAGAUAAACUGUGUUCAGGGAAGUUGUUGAUUUAAAACAAUCCGCAGCUUGACUGAGUGUUUUGAAAAAAAAACAUCUGGUUCCGACAGUCUGAAACUGGAUCACAGCUUCAAUAUUUGCUGAACGACAUUGGUAAGGAGAUGGCUCAUUAUGGAGUGCAGUCUCUGAAGUAGAUUUUAUUCUGUUACAAUAACACCUGGGACAGUGCUGAUCCUCUGCGUUGUAUCAAUGAAGAAGCUUGAUGCCACGAUAAGCUGCAGAUGACUUGUAGCCUCAUCGUCAAGGAAGAUGAGUUCCACUGCAGAAACCAGAAAUACUACUGUUAGACAAAAUGGGCACAGUGGUGAAAGUAACUUGCGGGAGAAGAUCUACAAGAAGACUCCAUCAUCUGCGCUUCAAGCAUCUAUCCAACUGGGGAUAGGUUAUGCUGUUGGAAACCUUACCUCCAAACCAGAACGAGAUGUGCUCAUGCAAGAUUUCUAUGUUGUUGAAAGUGUCUUUCUACCAAGUGAAGGAAGUAAUCUUACACCUGCACAUCGAUAUCCUGACUUUAGGUUCAAGACGUAUGCCCCGUUGGCUUUCCGUUAUUUCCGGGAACUUUUCCAUAUAAAGCCUGAUGAUUAUUUGUAUUCCUUAUGCAAUGAACCACUUAUUGAGCUUUCCAAUCCUGGUGCAAGCGGGUCCUUAUUUUAUGUCACAAGUGACGAUGAAUUCAUCAUCAAAACUGUGCAGCACAAGGAGGCAGAGUUCUUGCAGAAGCUGUUACCAGGGUACUAUAUGAAUUUAAACCAGAACCCAAGGACACUGUUGCCAAAGUUCUAUGGAUUAUAUUGCAUGCAGUCGGGAGGUACUAACAUAAGAAUUGUGGUUAUGAACAAUGUGCUGCCACGUUCUGUGCGGAUGCAUCAGAAGUAUGAUCUGAAAGGCUCGACAUAUAAACGCAGAGCCUCAAGGAGAGAGAGGGAAAAAGAUAUACCCACAUUCAAAGACUUGGAUUUUAUACAGGACAUGCCAGAUGGUCUCUUUUUUGACGCUGAAACCUACAAUGCUUUGAUAAAAACACUUCAGAGAGAUUGCCGGGUUUUGGAAAGUUUCAAAAUUAUGGAUUAUAGCCUGUUGUUGGGAAUUCAUAACCUGGACCUGGCUGACAGAGAGAAAGAAAACGAGGUGGAGAGCCUUCAGACUGCCCAGGACGGGAAGCGAACAGUAGGACAGAAAGCAUGGUAUUCCACUGCCCUGGAAUCCAUACAGGGUGUUACAAAAUCGGGAGAAUCUGUUGGAACAGAUGAAACAAUGGGCGCCAUACCUGCCAAGAAUAGUAGAGGAGAGCGUGUCCUCCUUUACAUGGCGAUCAUCGAUAUUCUACAAUCUUACAGGUUCAUCAAGAAACUGGAACACUCCUGGAAAGCCCUCGUCUAUGAUGGGGACUCUGUGUCAGUCCAUAGGCCGGGAUUCUACGCUGAUCGUUUUCUGAAGUUUAUGAGCAGCAGGGUGUUUAAGAAGACAUUGUCCUUACGAUCGUCUCCUUUGAAGAAAUCUCGAAAUUCCAUUCCGGUUGUUAAAUACAUAGGGCAGGAAGUUUCAACCUCUGGACUCAUACAGGACGUGGCUGAGGGGAAGAGUGAGAUGCUGUUGGGAACUAGGAGCUAUUGUAGUCUUGAUGAGGAAGCAAUGGGAUAUCGUAGACGCAGACCUGAUAUCUUACCCAGCACCACAUCUUUAUUUGAAGCAACCUCCUUGGCAACAACACUUUCCUCCACUUCGUUAUUUCUGAAUGAACCAACACCAUCUGAAGGAACUGCAAACUCUUCAAACAAAGAAGGAAAUCCAACUAGCUCCACUGUGACUUUGGAAGACAGUGCGAUCUGCUUAACAUUGGAGAAAAGUACACUUGAAAUAGAAAAUGAUGACGAUUCUGAAUUUGACAUUCGUUUGAACUGCAUCCCAUGAAGGUUAUUGCAGCAUUAGAAAUCUUUAAUGCAACUGCCUUCCCUAAGAAGAUUUUUGUUUUUAACCUAGUAACUCAACAGGAUGAAUUUGUUGGACGGAUGUCAGCACAGGCAGAGAAUAAACCUAGCCUAAACAUUCCUUCACCACCUGGAAAGGAAAGAUACUCUCUACGCUCCGGCUAAUUGAAGAAUUAAAACAGAAGUCUCGUUUAUUAAACAGAGGAUUGUAUAAACUCAGAUACAUGCCAUGGACCUUGUCAACUGACAUUGAACAGGCCAGGAUUCGAAAAUGAACAUUUCACACUUCAGCACCAUGUCUUUGUUGUCUGCUGUACAAAUAGCUACUUUAUUUUUUCCUCAUUUAUGUGAUCCCUCUUGAUCAUCUGGGGGGAGAAAAAAAAAAGUUCGGCAUUUUUACUGGUUCUGAAAUUCUACCAGAUGUAUAUUUUGUUACUUUGCUGGUUUUGAUUGCAUACAUUUCAGUAUCUGGCAGUUUUAGAAUUUAAAAUUUUUCAGAUGCCAAAAACACUUGUGCCUGAAGCAUGGGUGUUAACUUUUCUAUUUUGUUAAAUUUCCUAAGGAGCAAUCUUUUAACCAGCCUAUGGAUAAAAUUGUCUACUUUGUACUUGCAUUGAAUUGCAAUGUUUGCACAUGACUACAUUAACAGAUAUUCUAGAAACUCUAGUUUCGCUUACCUGUCAGUUUAAACAAAAGUUUACAGAAAUGUAUACACAUCAUCUCAAUGUCUAUUUUAAAUAUGACAAAGAGUCUAUUUUAAUGAACUCUUUCUGAGAGAUCUUAAAGGUCUCUGUAAAUAAGUAUCUAUAAAAUUGUAAGAAGUUUGCUUGAGAUGCUUCCUGCAAUGUAAUGUUCACUUAACAAAACUUGUGUACAGUAAUAAUCUGUCAAAUUUAUGUUCUUCUGAGUUGUAUAAUAAUUGAAUGGCCUGCUGAAAUUUAUGCUGCAUUAUGUCUGUAAAUUGUAUAGGACUUGAGUUUUGCUGCCAUUCUGAAUCACUGUAAAUCUUUUUCCAAGCAAUCAUGUUCAGAUUAUUUAAAUGUUACAUUAUUGUUGAGCAUCUAUUUAUUGAAAUUAGUCUUGCUGCAGCCAUUUUUCUGGUAAUGGGAGAUUCUUGGCAUCCCCUAGCGGAUGUGGUUUAGCACUACAUAACCUGGAGUGCAAACUAAAGAUCGGUUUAAUUGGCCAAUGUUUUGAAUCAAAUAGAAAGCACUUAGAAAGAAACCACCAGCAGAGAAUGAAUAAAAAAAAUGUUUAACUUGAAACUGAAGCAUCACUUCAUUUUUUUAAAUUUGCAAAUUGCCUGGUAUUGUUUUCUCUUAAGAGGCUUGGGUGUCAUUUGUGUGUCCUAAGUAAAUCUUCAACAUUUUACCUAGAAACUACAUGUAACUGAUCAGCAGGAAGGAUUUCAUUCUAUUAACCUGGCCAAGGAAUCUGUUUAUUUUGAAUGGCAAUAUUAUUCUGAAAUUGAAGCCCUGGAUUUGCACUCAUUAUUUAUGGGUAAAGCAUAUCUUUGUAUUUGAUAACAAUCCUAGUAUAUUGACUGAAGGGAGUGAGACAAAACAUAAAGGAUGUAUUGCUUUCCAAGGUUUGGAACAACUUGCAUCUUUGAAGAAUGCACUGCUUUGUAACGUUGAAGUAAACCAAUACUUGGAAAAGGAGACCCCGAAGUGACCAGCUCUGUGUUUUAAAGCAAAACAGGGAAGAACCA